AUGGCUCAACGGCCAUUUACUCUUACGUUCAGCUCUUCAAAUACUGCUGAUGGUUUUUUAGGCGACUAUCGUCUCACCUAUCCAUAUCCAGUGGGUACACUUCCCAACUUAAAAGUGAUAAGUAUUAAACUUUUGUUCAGCUCUUCAAAUACUGCUGAUGGACUGCUCCUGGGAGGCAUUAUGCUCAAAGCGCAGUCACUGUGUUGGGAACGAUAUGGCGUCGACAUAGAAAAUGUGCUGUCCUCACUUGCACUAACGAUCUUUCGCAAAAACUACUAUAACGAAGAAGAGAACCCUAUUUAUGUGUUGAACCAGAACCAGGAUACCUUUAUAUGGCGUGGUGACUUUGGAGGGCACAGUGAUCUUUAUUUGCCUGAGGGUGAGAACCUCUGGUACUACGACCAAAAUUCACUCUUUCCGUCAGUUAUGGCGUCAGAGCCAAUGCCCGCAGGUGCCCGGAGAACUUCCUUGGAAGACCAGCCCUUAGAAAGCCUCUUUGGUUUCUUCGAGGCCUUACGCGGGUAUGUCUUUGAAAGGAAGCGAAGCCCAUUCGAGCACUUCGUCAAUGAUCUUUACGCUUCCCGCAUAGAGGCAAAAAGCACGGGGAAUGAGCCCUUAUCGUAUCUCUACAAACUGAUCCUUAAUAGCAUCUACGGGCGUUUCGGUAUUCAUCCAGAAUCAGAGGUCAGUGAGAUUUGUUCUCAGGCACGUUAUUACGAAAUACUAAAGAAAGACCCCGGCUUCAAGGACGCCCACUUAUUAUCACCUGAGUGCUACCUGGUUAUUUAUGCAAAAAAUCGAGCGACAGAUGAGAUCUGGGAACCGCCCAAGUAUUCUGCCCUUCACCUUUCUGCAGCAAGAACUUCCUAUGCACGCAUUAAAAUGCAACCGUUUAUUUCGACGAGGAGGGAUUGCUUUUACAGUGACACGGACAGCCUAGUCAUUAGUGAACCUCUGCCGAACGAACUCGUUUCAUCAACGAAGCUGGGCUAUUUCAAACUUGAGCAUAGGAUCAAAAGGGGGAUUUUUCUCGCGUCUUACGCGCUUCAGCUCGAGGAUAACAAUUAUAUAAUCAAACAUAAAGGAAUGGCAAAAGCACAUGUCACCUUCGACUGGUUUGAAAGGCAGCUGCUGGACCCAAAGGAUAUCACGAUUCAAAAUCCCUUUCGCAUCAUGUGGUCCAACUUAACAAUGAGGCAAGUAGAAACACGAAUUCGUUUACGCAUUCUUUCCGGCACCAAACGGGAUUUAGUUUAUGAUGAUAAUGGCAAGUGGAUAGGCACCAAGCCCAUCAAGAUCAUUGACCUCGGAAACCCGGAGCAAACGGCCCUAAUGAAAAGCACAGAAGAACGCAUGACGGAAUUACGAGAGGAGAAUCUGCGACUACGUAACCUCCUCCUCCAAGGGGAUAAGGAUAAGGGUGCAAUCUACGCUUCCUUCGGUUCUGGAGGUUGCUUUCUUCGAACUAUCGUAGUAGAUCUUCUGGAUGGUCCCAGACUCUGGGUUGAAAGGGAUUUUUCCGUUGAAGACUCGACUAUCUCAAUCCGCCUUCGAUUCUUUGGCUGGGGAGGAACCCAUGCCUCAGAUGAGGAGGUCCCAUCAUCUUCCAUUUCUGUGUCAUCUUCCUCAUCUGAGAAGGCUUGA